AUGUACCCGGCGCACCUCUCUCUUUCCCGCGUAGACCCGCCCGCCUCCCCACACUGGACUCCUUUCCACCCACGACGCGAGCUGGGCGUCUUUGCGCUGCGCCUCCUGUUCUCGGAGAUGAGGAAGGGCCGCCAGCUCAACUCCCGAGAUUCUCAGUGCCAUGGAUACAAAGCAGGCGGGCGCCAUAGCCAGGCCGCAGUGACUGGAAGCGGGGAGGAUGCUGUUGCCCAGACUCGGCUGCCAGAGCUGGGGGUACAUGCCUAUGUCACUUCUGGGGAAAUGAAAGCUACAGUGCAAGCAGCUGCCAGGGGCAGGUCAAACGUGCCUGGAAGGCUAGGAGGCUUCAGACGCUGCCCCGACCCGUCAGAGAGCAGAGCGCUGAGCCCCAGGGAGGAGGGAGGCCCAGCGCAGGCGGUGACGGUGCAGAGGCUGGGGCCGUUCUGGGCUGGAGCAGCUCGGCUCUUCCUUCUAGGGACCUACCCCCAGAGGCUGCGCACCUCGGCUUGCCUCUCCCUCGGGAUAUUUAUCAAGGCGCUGCCGGAAUCAGGCUGCUUGAGUGAAGGGAAAACAGGAGAGAAGGAAGACAUCGUGAACCAGUGGGGAAGUGGGCAGAGCACGGCCUUCGAACGAAUGACACAGAUCAAGGAUGCAGCAUAA